CAUCAUUGGCUUUCGUAGAGUUGGUCUAUUUGGAUAAGAAGUCUUGCCAACCACAUCUCGCGAUACGCCUAAUUGUUUGGCACUAUCUACAGUCAAGCAUUAGAUGACGAGUCUGAUUCGGGUUUCCGUUGUAGACAACCUUAUUUACUACCAUUCAUGCAUUUUCUGAAUUCUUUUUUUUUUUUCAUAUUGGUUAUUUUCUCCUUCAACCAAUAUCAUAUUCUAACUUUUACAGAUCUCAACACUGUCUUGACUGACAAUACUUUGGUCAGUACGGUCUUACCACUCAGAAGACUUGGUCCUACUGCAUAUGAUGAUUUGACGAAAAAAUUGACAAGCAUAUGUCAGAGCUUCACAGCGUUGAUGACUCCAGUCAUGCCUGACCGCAGUGGACCAAGUCUCUUGAUGUUCUUCCGCCGAAGGAUAUCAACUAACUAGUUGGAAUAGUUGAAUUAAAUUUGCCUUGGAUACUUUAUUAUAAGUGCACUAUUCGAAUAUCAUACUCGUAACUCCCCAUCUUUUGUUGGUGCUCUGUAGCAAGCGAU